CCAGAAGUCAUAUGAGACAGGAGCAGUCAAAUGUGCUUUAUGUUGCUGAAGUGGAAACUGGGAACUAGCAAGGCUGAGAAAGGUAGAAAGAGGAAGUAUCAUGGGACAGGAGCGAGAGUGGAGAAGUGACAGUAGGAAACCGUGAUCCCCCCUCUGAGGACGCUUUAGAAUAUAAAGCCAUCAUGACUACAUCUGUAAAAGAUGGCAACAGGAGAAGAACCUUUCAGCACAUCUGUUUCUGAGUGUGAUGCUGUUACAGAGGGAAAGAAUUCCUGCUUUCUGGAACCAAAACAGAGAACUGCUUGGAAAGAAAACACAGAGUUACUAGGAGAGAAGGCCUCCUCUUGUGCACAUGUGGCAGCUAGCUCAAAUGUAAUCACACCUUCAAAUUGUAUUGUAUUGCAACAGCAGCUGAAGGAUAUAUCCCUGAAGAUAAUCAUGGUAAAACGUAAGACUGGACUUCCUGACUCUCAGCUGCAUGGAUAUCUAAGAAGACGACUCCGUCUUUUGGAAAAUGACAACACAAAGGCCAAGGCAGUUUUUAAUGAGCUGUCUGCUAGACUACUGUCUAUUCACAGUGAAGACCACCUAAUAGUGGUAACAUUUUGGACCUUUGAAGAAAUCUGGAAGUUUGUAACUUAUUAUUCCCUUGGUUUUUUAAAUCAUUGUAUGGAGAACCUGUUGCUAGACGACUAUUUAUGGCUCUCUCCACCAGAGGAAGCAGUUGGAAUUGAUGUCCAUCUAGAUGAAGAAUGUCUUGACAUGAUAUAUAGAGGACUCUUAAUUCAAGAAGGUGCCUUCUUUGUAUUUCACCCUGAAAAUGUUGUAAGUGAAAAAAGAGCUUCAGAGGACAAAGGAGCAGCCAGAAUUCACCAGCUGAAGUGGGAGAGAGGCCCAGAAGCCGCCAGGUGGGAUGACCCAGCGAAAGGCACGGCGGGGGCCCUGGUUGCUUUUCAUCAGUGGUUUCUUAAAACAAACACAGACCCUGUUGAUUUUGCCAGAGAAAUGGAAACUAUAGCCACUGAUCAAAUUGCCACAGGUUCUUCUGUUGCCGUUAUUAGCUAUGAAAGUGCUAAUAGCCCAGAGGAAAUUGAUUUCAAGAAAGGAGACAGAAUUGAAAUUAUUGGCUACUUGAUGAAAUGCAUGCAGUGGUUUGUGGGAAGGCAUAUCCCUACCGGCCAAGUUGGUUUUGUACAGAGCAGUCAUGUCAAACCUGAUGGCUUCAAAGAUGCUGUAACUGAACCUCCACACCUGGCUUUCUUCAAAGAUGAACAUUCUGCUUUUACAAGAGAAAAAGCCCUUUUAGAAGUAAAUGUGACGGGGCUUUUGACACAAACAUCAAAUUAUAGCAUUUGCAAUACGUAUCAAAUAGAUGGACAAGAAGAUUUUGAACUUGAUAAGUCUUCUGAGCAAGAGAUGUCACAUAGCUUCCUUAAUACAACCUCUAGCUCGAUGAAAUGCAAAGUGCUGCAGACACUAAUGAAAGUGAAAAACUUACAGUUGCACAGGGAAGAGAUGGAUGAUCAGAAAGGGCAAUUCUCUGCUUUGAAUGGAGAGACGACUUCUCUGUCCCAAGAGCCACGUUUCUGCAUAUACCAAGAUGAAUUUUGUGGACCAGAAGUUUAUUAUUCAUUACUGUUGUUUCUGAAUGGUAAAAGCUAUGAGACCAGCUUCAAAAACCUUUAUGAUCCCUCAUUUUCCUUUCUGAAAACCUUGUUUUAUGGCUAUGCCAAUGAGGAAGAACUGGUUGAUUAUUUCGUACUGGCAAGGGAAGCGGCAAAGCAAGCCAGCCUGCCAUUGGCCUUGACCAGGCUGUGCUAUCUCCUGGGGAGAAUGAGUGUCCGGAAGUUCAAACUUUCUCAAGCUCGAGUUUAUUUUGAAGAAGCUUUGGCAACCAUACAAGGAGAUUUUAGUGACCUUUAUCUUAUAACUGCUCUUUACACAAAUCUAAUAGGCAUCUACCUGAAACAGAAGAAUAAGGAGAAAUGCACUUGCCUUUUUGACAAAGUUGCUUCUUUGCUCAUGGGAAUUCCCAGCUACAUCAGCAGCACAGACAUGGAGUCAGAGAUUCUGAAGUACGCCUUAAAAAGGGCAAUCCUAAGUCAGAGCAAGAAUGCAGAAGCCAGAGCAUGCUCCCUGCUAGCAAAGCACUAUCUGAACUUUAAACAAGGUGAAGAGGCACUUCCAUUCCUAGAAAGGCUGCAGCUGCUGAAUAAUGAGUUGGGUUUGCAAAAUGGCUCAUUGUCAGUUGACUGUUAUUUUAAGCUAGGUCAGCUCUAUAGCCAAAAGUGUUUGCCCCACCUUGUGCUAAGCUGUGUCAAGGUUGCCUCUUCUUGCAGCUCAUGUACUUUGCUGGUGUCAUUCAGAAGCAUUGACUUAGUACUAAAAAAUGCUCCCAAACUCCAUAGUCUAAAACCCGUGGAGCAAACACAUCCCUCCCAAAUUGCAUAUUAUCUCAAGCAACUACUCCACAUGCUAGAGACUAGCAAAGAACACCAAAAACUGUGCAGUAUGGUUUGCUGUAAUCUCUCUCUAUUAUACAGCCAUCACAAACAAUACAGAAAAGCAAUUGAUUACAUGGAGAAAGUUCUGGACACAAAUGCAGAUACAAGCACUGAAGAAAUGGUUAACCAUUUAGUCUUUCUCAGUUGGUUAUAUAUUCACCAUCAACAAAACACGGUGGCUCUGGACAUAUUAAAUGCCAUAGCAGAGUCUUCACAGAGCAGCCAGCAACAGUUAGGUGUUAUUUAUAACUUGAUUGCCAUUAUUUUGAGGCAGGUGAACAAUACGAAGCAAGCAGCUGAGAGCUAUUGUAAAGCUUUGAGCAUAUCGAGAGAGUUGGGCAUCAUCCAUAACCAGGCUGUGGCUUGUGCCAACUUUGGGAUUCUCUGUCUGCAUUCAGCUGCCAGAAGUCUUGGGGAGCAUUUCUUAAUUAAAGCCGUAAAGCUGUUUUCUGAACUGCCAAGUACUGAGUCUGGAAAAGAUUUUAUAGAUGUCCUCCUCAGGCUGGGGUGCUACUACACCGAUGGGAUUGAUAAAGACAAAGGGAGGUGCUGCCAUGAAUGGGCAUUUUUGGUUGCAAUGGAAAUAAACCAUUUGGAAGGGCAGCUCCAGGCCGUUCAGUAUCUAUGCCAAUUCUACAGCACAGUUCUUCCAGAUAAAGCUCAGUGUGUCAUCUACAAUGAGUAUCAACUCUCCUUAGUUAGGAAGAUGUCCGACAAAGUCAUGGAGGGACACAUAUUGGAAACCAUCAGUCAGCUGUAUCUAUCUUUAGGCACAGAAAGGGCUUACCGAUCUGCCCUGGAAUGCACCAAGAGAAGCCUUGGAAUAUUCAUCGAUCUUCAAGAAAAAGAGAGGGAAGCACAAGCUUGGCUCCAGGCAGGGAAGAUAUAUUAUAUAUUGAGGCAAAAUGAGCUAGUAGAUCUUUAUAUCCAGGUUGCCCAAAAUGCUGCUCUGUGUACUGAAGAUCCCAAUUUGGAAAUGGAAUUAUUUGAAGCUUCAGGGGACAUAUUUUUUAAUGGAGACCAGGAAAAGGAAAAAGCAGUGCCUUUCUACAGGGACAAGGCCCUGCCGCUCGCGACUAAGACAAGAAACAGCCGCGCUGAGCUCCGACUGGUCAACAAGCUGGUGGGAGCGCUGCUGACUCUGAAGGCCUACCAGGAGUGUCUGGGAUAUGCACAAGCCUCGUUAAUGCUCAGUGUCAAUUUAGGGAAUCAAUUAAAUGAAAGAAUAGCGUAUCAUCGACUAGCCGUUAUCCACCAUCAUUUAGGUCAGUGUGAACUUACUGAACACUUCUUCUUGAAAGCCUUGUCCCUCUGUCCCUCACCUCUGGAGUUUGAUGAGGAAGCCCUAUACUAUGUAAGAGUGUACCUUCUUCUUGGAGACAUUACUUUCUAUGAUCUAAAGGAUCCUUUUGAUGCUGCUGGCUACUAUAAUUUGGCCCUUGCAGCUGCCAUGGACUUGAGGAAUAAAAAGGCUCAACUGAAGAUUUACACAAGACUUGCAAUAAUCUACCACAACUUCCUCGUGGACCGAGAGAUGUCUCUCUACUUCUAUCAAAAGGCAAGAGCCUUUGCAACGGAGCUUAAUAUUCGUAGAAUAAAUCUAUGCCCUGAUCAGUCUAUGAGGGCAACAAGGGCCCCUGUGAAUAAUAAUAUCAUGUAAGAAUAGCACCGGGGCAUCCAAUGCUGGUGAGAUUUGCUUCUGUUUGGCCCUGCUUCAACAAGCCCUUUCGUAUAUGGUAGAUUUCGAAAUGGUAGAUGAUCCAUACGGCACCUGAGCGCUCCCCUGCUCUGAGGCAAAGAAACAUGGAUCUGUGUGCCCCCAAUGUUUAGCCACAGGAGCUCCAGUGAAAUUUGGGCAAAAUGUUGUUAUAGAGCUAUGUCAACCAUCUGUCUUCAUCAUACAGUUACGGAACUGUUUAACUGUUGAAAACAGAGGAAAGGUAAAACAUGAUUAAAUGCAGGAAUUAACUGGAAUAAUAAACAUGGUGAUUGAUUAAGUUUAAAAUUGUCUCAUGCUCUAAUACAAAUUAAUACAAAUGUUCUAGGACUUGUUUGGGAAAUACUUGCUCACAAGUAGGGCUGUGCAUUCCUGCCAUGCAGCCUGUGGCUGAUGGGGCUGAAGAAAUAAAGGCUGGCAUCGAACACGGGCAUCCAUGCUCUAAUUUCAUGUGCAGAAUUGAAUUAUACUUUAAA